CGUUACGCAAGGACGUCGAUGGACGUACUGAUGUCUGUGACAGGCCCAGCGCGCCAAAUGAUAUUGCCGACGAGCAGAAAUAAAUUAAUCCUUAGACAGCCACAAACUAACUUGUGCACGUCGUGUAGACACUUAGGAGGGAAACUAUUUUCCUGUCAAAGCUCAGACUGAAGCACCUGGUCUGCUGUCAGGAUGGGUCUGCUCGAGCGUUGCCAGGAGCUCAAGACCUCAAACUUGUACGAGGUUUUGGGAAUCAACAAAGAGGCGACAGAGGCUGAGAUCCGGAGGAGCUACUAUAAAGUGUCGCUGAAAGUCCAUCCAGACCGGGCUCCCGACGACCCGCUGGCCACCGAGAAAUUUCAGGUGUUGGGAAAGCUGUACGCGGUGUUGAGCGAUAAAGAGCAGAGAGAUAUUUAUGAUGAGCAGGGAGUGGUGGGAGAGUCUGAUGUCCUGAAGCAAGACCGCUGCUGGGAAGACUACUGGAGACUGCUUUUCCCAAAGGUAUCAGAAUCACACACGCAGGACAUCCUUGAAUUUGAGAAGAAGUACAAGGGUUCCGACGAGGAGCGACAGGAUGUGAUCAAGCUUUACUUGAAGCACGAGGGAGAUAUGGACGCCAUCACUGUCUCAGUUCUGUGCUUUACCCAAGAAGAUGAGCCCAGGUUGUGCAGCAUCAUCCAGGCUGCCAUCGAUAGUGGCGAAGUAACAGCCUUCCCGGCUUUUACUCGUGAGAGUGAGAAGAAGAAAAGGGCCCGGAGGAAGAGGGUGAGAGAUAGGCGACAAGAAGCAGAAGAAAUGCAGAAAAAGAUGGGCCUCGAUGACCAGGAUGACAGCCUUGCAAAGAUGCUUAAGCAAAGGCAGCAGUCCAGAGAGCAAAAUUUUAACAGUUUCCUGUCUGACCUGGAAGCAAAAUACUCCAAAAAAGUGCCAAACCCCAAAAAGGGAAAAAAGCAAAAAAGUAAAAUGGUUCUAAUAAGCUAAUAAAACGUAAAUAAGUUGUGGUAGAUGUUCACAUUCAUUUAAAAACCCUCUGAGCUCUAUGCUGGCCAUUUGCUGCCACUUCACUCUCUUUUUUUUAACCAUUUUAACUGUGUUAAUGCAUAUGGAAUAAAAUUUCACAAGGGUCUAGAUUUCAUUCUGAUUUUUUAAUUUUCCACUUCAGCUACUGAAAUAUGUCAAUAAUGUAGUGUGUACAUCAAAUUGUUCCUCUUGGCUCUAUCGUGGCAACUUUU